AUGUUGACCCUCCUCGCUUCCCUCCUCUUCACCACCCUCGCCACAGCCCAAUACAACCAGUCCGCCCCCUUCUACCUCCAGCUCCUCUCCAAGAACCACACCCUCAACGGCACCAUCCUCGGCGCCUGCCACGAGGGCGCCGCAAUCGAGGGUCUCUGUGCCUUCGGCACCCUCUUGCCCAACGCCACGGCGACAUUGACGUAUGCGAGCUUCCAGUUCAACACGUCGAGUUUCGCUCAGCCGGCGGAUGUGUAUGGUACGCCGGGUUAUCUGACUUAUGACCUUAUGGGGUCGAAUUUCAAUCUCUCCGAGCCGCUCUCCCUUUCCGUCAACCCUACUUCCAACGUCGCUGGCCUGCUCUUCGAACCCAGCUACGCCAGUCUCGAGGUCGCCUUCGACAAGCACAACCUCAUGAAUAUCCAGAGUACCUCCGAUGACUCGGUCUCACCAAUCGCUUAUGUCAACAAGGCUUACUAUCGCUGGUACGUCUGUACGACGAAUCUGGGCUACACAUACCAGACUCUGGCUUGGGUUGUGGGGAAAGGCAAGCCGCAGAAUCCGACUUGUGUUGCUACGAAUAUUACUAGGGUCUUCGCGUAG